AGGAAGUGAAAGAGAAGGAAACGUCAGAUUUGUUAUCGUUUGGCCGACCGCGUCUCACUGGGAUGAAAGUUCUUGUUAUUAGUUUGUCAGUGAGUUUUAACAUCUGAAGCCAUGGCUGAGAGAAAUGGGCAGCUGAAGUCCGUGGUGAUUCGCAGCUUCAGGCGGUUCAGCGAGCGAUAUUUUCCAGAGAAAGCUGCCAGAAGCUCGAUGUUAGAUAAGGAGCAAGAAGAGGCGUCGCACUUGGGAUAUUUGGACAGCUUUCCUGUCGACGUGCAAUUCCUGAUCAUGACCUUUCUCUCUCCUGUGGAUAUCUGCAACCUGGGAGCCACCUGUCGAUACUGGAGGGCCAUGGUGAGAGAUCCGUUACUGUGGAAAUUCUUCCUGUUGCGGGACAUGCCACAUUGGUCAUCCAUCGAUCAUCUGACAAUGCCAGAUCUGGAGUUGCUGGAUGCACCACUAGUCAGUGAGCGUGAAAGUUUGGAUGACAGAAAAGAAGAGGAAGAGAAAAAUAGGGAACUGAAAUGUGACUACAUGUCCAGAUACCUGAAAGGUUGUCCAUCCUGCAGACAGCAGUGGUUGCCCUCCCGACCAGCAUAUGAACUUCUGACCUCAUUCCUUCAGUACCUGGUGCCCUCAUCCGAACCUCGCUAUGCAAUGUUUGGGCCUGGCAUGGAGCAGCUAGAUGUCUCUUUGGUCACAAGACUGAUGCAUGCCCCCGAUCUGCUACCUGUGUCAGGUACUCCACACAGGCAGAUAAAUGGUAUUGGCUCUGGGAUCAGCUACUUGUUCAACAAUCAACACAAAUUUAACAUCCUAACACUAUAUUCCACAAACAAAGCCGAAAGAGAAAAAGCACGACUGCAGCAGCAGAGCAUCAGCAAUAAGCUCUUUAUCUUUGAAGGAACUGAUGACGCGGGUUAUCCAGUGUAUACGCCUGCUCCUCAGGUGCAGAAGGUGUGCCAGGAGGUGGAUGGCUUCAUUUAUGUUGCCAAUGCAGAACUUGGAAAAGGUGAUGAGGCGUCUGAGGCGGCCCAGAUUAGAGCUGUGCUGAAUUUUGUUGGGGAUUCCACAGCCAAGCCACUACUGGUGCUCUCCUGCAUCUCACGGGAACCAGAGGAAGCGAGUGAAGGAGCCAAAUGUCGGACACCCUGCGUUUAUGUGGCAAAGAGACUUGGCCUUCCUCAGCUAUCUAAUCGCUGGAUGGUGCAGGAUACAGUGGCAGAAUCAUUAACAGGGGUUUUAGAUGGGAUUGCCUGGCUGCUGAAGUCUUCUGGCUGUCAAAAUUUAGGGAUGAUGUAUUGGUGUGCCCCAAUACCAUCAAAGAGAAUUUGACCACACUGCCACCUAAUUUUGAUGUCAGUAUCCACCACUUUAUUAUUUUCACCUUGUAAGCGUAACUGUCUGAUCUGCCAAAAUCUUACUUGAGGGAAGUAAGUGGAGUUUAAUUAAAAGGUUGAGCAGCAAAGAGGAAAACUGGGACUCAUCUGAAUGAGCUAGUAGAGAUAUCUUUUUUUAAGUGGUGCAAGUGAAGGAAUUCCAAUUGGGCUGUAGAGCAUAGAAACCGAACAAACUGAAUUAUUUAACACUAACUGCAAGAAAACAAAAUGCUGAAGCUGCAUUGAGAUUCUUUCACUUCUUUGCAAAUCAGGGAAGGUAUACCUGCUGUAAAAACAUAACGUUUCACCUUGAAGAAAAUUUGGUGACACUUUUUUUACUUGUUUGGUUAUUUUAUAUUUCCAUAUGAUCACCAAGUGUUGUAUCAUUUCUUGACCCAUGGAUUUCAUAAUUAUGAAUGUUUACCAGAAACUGUCCUGUGAAAGUGUCUUCAUAAAAAUGUUAGGAAAAAAUUAAGUCUUCAAAUAAAAUGUUUACACAUAGGUAAAUGUAAGACAAGAAAUCUAUUAAAAAACAAAUAAAAAGUUAGAACUUUUGAUGAGCAUUGGAUACUUGAAACAUUUUGUAAGAUGCUUUUGUUGAAUACACAUGUUUUUAUUUCUUAAGAGCAGGAAAAAAUUACCAUUUUAUUCAGUUCAUACUCUUGUCGAUUUAUUUAAUAUGCAGUGACUUUUAAAAAUUACAUUUGCCCCAUUCACAUCCCUAGACCUUCUGUUUGACUAUUAUACGUGUUACACCUCUCCCCACUGCAGAUUAUAUCAGUCAACAUCUGUAAAAUAUUUUGUCCUAUUAUUGUGCAUAAAGUGUCAUGAAUUAUAUUUUAAUCUUUUAAUGCCCUGCAUUAAAAGAUGCAGAAUUUUCUUUAAAUUCUGAAUUCAGCACAUUUGCGUCACUCAGAUUGCCACCGCCUGCCCCUUAAUGUGUUUAAAGUUGUGUGUUUGAAUAGAAAAUGGCAACCUAACCUGGUUCACCUCAAUUUUCUACAUCCAUAAUGGCGCAGCUCAGAUGCUUUAAUGGCAACAAUAGGAUCAAUUCACCAGCAUGUUAGGUAUGACAAGAUAAUAUGCUUCGCUGACUCUCUUUUAUUCUGGUCCCCUUAGUAACAUUAAAUUGUCAGCAAAUGUUCUUUCCUCUAACCAACCCUUCCAUCAAAAGGUUCCUCUGUCUCAGAAGUCAUUUUUAUACACAUGUAGGUUUAGAACAAGAUCAUGAUUGCUUCCAUUUGGGUCCAUUAGGCAAACUUUAACGGUAUUGAAGCGGAGAUUGUUUUUUUUUUGUUUGUUUGUUUAGUUUUUUUGUACAAUCUUUAAUUUUCAGUAAAUGAUGGUGAAUUCAGCCUGCUAACUGUGGGCAUCUGUAUGCAAUUAGUGUGCUUCUAGGAGAGACAGGCAUACGCUUUCUACCUUCUGUCCUGUGUAAACAGGAUGUCUUGUCUUUGGUCCUCACUCUGCGGUUCCUUACCUUCUGUCUCGUUUUGUCUGCCUGUAUAUGUGUUUGUGUAUAAGAGAGACUUCAUAGUUUAUACGGGCUGGGCGAUCAGCUUGGAUGACAUUUAGAUAGUCAUUCAUAACGGUCAACCUGUUUGCAGGCCAAGUAGGGACUAACACUAAUAGUUGCUGUUUGGAUAAAUAUAUGAUUUUGUAAUGUUUGUUCAGUCAUCUGAACAAGUAAAAAAAAUUCUUAGGUUAACCUGAGGUUGAUUUUGAGCUACUUUUAAAUAAAUAAAUACAAAACAGAGUUAUGGUGGGUUAACUCUGUUUAGUAUUGCAGCUUCUUAUCUAGAUAUUUUUAAAGUCUUUCUACUAAAGUCUGUGAACCAUGAGCAAUUCUCAACCAGUGAGAUGUAGGUUUGGUGGGGGAGGGGCUCAGUCAUGUUUCGGACUGUUGAAUGAGUACCAGACCUUCAGCUGCAUCUUGUCUUCUUAAGUCACUGGGGCCCUCUAAAAUUAGAGGAAGCGAAGAAGAUACCCUGACUGACUGAUUUAAAACAGGCCACAGAUUAGUGAGAUGACACUUUAUAGAAAUAUGUUAGGGAGUAAGGAAUGUAAGAAUAUAAAGUUUUGCAAGUACUGACUUUGAAAAAGUACGAACAAAGUGCUAAAUGUGCAGUCCAAAUGCACAGUGCAGUCAGACAUUUACAUGGAUGUAAUCAAAUUUGGACUUUUAUUCAUGCAUUUGAUCUGUUGUUUUUCCAGGGUGGACUGAUCACACAACUUAAAAAUUCAGAAAGUUUUAACAAUGAGUACCAUGUGCAUAGGUUGGAAUUUAUUCUGAAUUCGCACAGUGUUAGAAUUAUACACACAGGCUGAAUUAUACACAUGCUCUCUAACUAAUGUUUGGAUAAAUGUUCCUCAGCAAGUUGUAAAGAAACUACAAGCUUUUUCUAGCCAUCCAUAUGAGCCUAUAAUGUUUUUAUUUUAAUAUUUGACCUUUUUUGAAUCAGAAAUGACAGAGCUCAUUUAAAUUGUUUGUUAUUCAGCAUAGCCAGGAUGGAGCUAAAUUUUAGGUAUAGUCUAUACGUUUUCCACUGAGGUCGAAAAGCUGAGGAAUAUUAACCUCUCAGACCAAAUGUUGUUGACUUUGUGAACCAACUGGUUCACAGAGUUCAAUCAGGAUUUCAUACCAUGAUUUCUUGUAUUUUUAAAAUUUGGUUCUUUCCAGUUUAAUUGUAUGUUUGUGGAACAAACUUCCACAAACUUACAAUUAAACUGUAAGUGAUGCUGUGCCUCGUAAAGGCUUUUAAAAAAGAAAAAAAAAAGUUGUAUUUAGUUAUGUUCAAGUGAAGCAGAAAAUUGCAGCUGUAAAAUAGCCAACUUGUCCAUACUUACAAUAAGAGCAAUGAUUAAACAGUAAGUGUAACAAAGAG